AUGAUAGUAACACGUGAGUGAAUCAGCCUUCUUUUCUCAUUUCAGUGUUUUAUAUUCCUGCUGCAGGGCUAUGCCAUGGCAGCUGAGGGUAGGUGAGAUAAAAAUGCUGUAUUCAGAAACUUUAAUAAUAAUAAAAAAAAUACUGUAUUCAGAGGUUGGCUGGAUAAAAAAGUAAUACCAUUUCCAUAAACUUCCAUUACCUUGUAGAUCAUUGGGUGAAUGUGGGUAUUUUCUAUCUGACCUAUAAUAUAGAUGAAUAAUUUUAUAUAAAGUCAUUUUUUUAAAUUUUUUUUAUUUUUAUGGCAAUUGUUUAGCUUUAUCAAGCCAUUAGAAAUCGAUACAAAAAGGAUUGUAGUUGCGGUAAUCAUCAUGUGUGGAUUGUAACUUUUUAAUCCCUCAUCCAUCAUGGGGCAAAUGCUUUUUUAUGUCGAUAUUUUUCUAAAGAUAUACAGGUUUUGUGCCCAGAGUGUAUUUCUCUUAAGUGAUAACUUGGAUGGUUUUUCCCAUAAUUAAACUUAUCAUGUGGAGUGGAAGGUUAUUAUAGACAGGGAUGGAGACAGAUUGUGUUAAUGAAAUGAUGAUCUGUGUAUAGCAGCCAAACUGUAUAUUCCCUUCCAGACUGUAAUACUGUUAAACAUCAUAUUUUAGUUUGCUGCACUAAGCUUUUUCUACAGCUUUUGGUUAAGUUUGCUUAUAGAAGCCUAGGCUUAGUUAAAUAAUUUACAAAGGAGCCAUCUGUUUGACUUGGGGUGAAGGAUCAGAAUCUUUUCCAGUGGUUAAACAAACCUCUGUGACUCUGUUAAAUGUUUCCUAGUUCAAGGAUUUGCCCAGCUGCAAUUAUUUUAAUUAUUUUGUUCCCCACAUUUCCUGUAGUGACCCAACAGUGACUGUCUUAGCUAUACUUGUUUAGUAAUUAAAAUGUAUCUCUGAUCCUGUCUUUAUACAGCCAUGCACGUCAUGAUAGUUCAUGUAUUUUAAAAAUUGGUGACUUGAAAUAUAGGGGUCGGAGGAUACUAUAAAAUUAUGGCACUGUCUUACUCCUAAAUAUUACAGAUCUUUAAUCCUUCAUCCUCUAAUAGAUUUAGAAUUAAUUAGAGCUUUUUAAAAUUAUUUUAUAAUAAAAUUACUAAGUGAGUCAACAGGAACAUUCUUCUAGUUUCCUUGGUGAUUGCUUUACGUUUAUAACGUGUUCCAAUUGUGUUCCUAAUAAAGAACUCUCAAUAUAAUAAUAUGGAUAUUCUCUGCUGUAUUCUAAACCUUUUUUGGGUUUUUUAGUACAAUCUUUUUCCCCCCUUCACGGCACACUGACUGACUCAUUGCCCAGAAUAUGUGGAAUUUUUGUGCCUGAGGUCCAGGGUGUGAAUUUUGCCUGAGGUCAUAAAACCUGAUAAAGACAUUAGACCUAUUCAGUGCUUGGGGCUUUUCACAAUUCAUGCAGAUGCCAAUUGCAUCACUCGUUCUGGAGGGGGGGGGAUUUCACAGAAAGAUGUGGUGUAUAACUUAAUAUUUAUUGAAAAGUAAAUGUUUGUUCUUUUACUAACCAAAAGUCCAACGUUUAUUUGAUGAAUGAAUCUGAUCAGAAUUAAUAACCCCUCCACAUCUAAAAUCUGUACAACUGACCCAAUUCAUAGAUAGUGGAAUUUCUCCUUUUUUCACUAAGCUGACACACAUACCAUACAUUUUUCUUUUUCCUGGCACAGUUGUGAACUGUGAGUCUUCUUAAACCUUUUUAGAUGUGAUCCUUGUUGCAGCAUGUGGGGCUAAAACAAUAUUCUUUUAACCUUUUCAUUUCCAAAAAGCGUGUAAUUUGGUUUUGUACGGUGAUCUUACAGAUCUGCUGACGCCCUCUGCGUUGGAGUAGUGUAUCUAGAUCAAAUGGUAAUCUGAUUUCGUAUGGAAAUUGAGUUCAGUAUCACAUAGUACCUAAAAUAGUUUGAUUAACCAUUUUGAUAUCAGUGUGCGAGAAUGUGCUCCUAACUAAAACAUUAUACUAGAUGACUUUCUACAGAAAUCUUAUAAAUAGUGCCUUUUUAAAGUUGUGUAUUUAUAGUCCAUACCUGUUAAUAAAUAUUGUUAUAAGCUGACUUAUUUGUAACAUGAUUUGUGUCUUCAGCUGUCAGAUCUGUUUCGAUGGGGCAGCUAAGAAUGAUAGGGGUUGUGGUCUAGGUGUGAAUUCAGCAUCCUAAAAAUCACCAAGGAUCACAUGGAGGUCUGGCGAAAGAAGGUUUUUAAUGAAUGGCUGCUAUUAGGCAAAGUAUGUUCAGAGUCCAUAAGGAUGUCGUCAGGUAUAAUGUCACCCAUGCACAGGGAACAUGUGGGUUGCCUGGGGUAUCACUCUUCAACUUCUAGCUCAGCUAGUUUAGCCUUUUUUUUUUUUUUUUUUUUUAGCCAAUGAAUACUGCAUUAAAAUGGUUUGCCUCCACCUUGAACUAAUAAAUUGAGAGUAGACAGGCAUUGUUUAGUAGUGGAACAUUACAAACACAAGCUUAAAGUAAGCAAUCCAUUUUUUUUCUUUCUUGUUUUGUAUUUAUAUGAAUUCACUGCAAAUACCUUCCACAGCACAGAAAAAAAACAUCUGUAUUAAAUGAAAGCCAAUGUAAGUUGUGUUGACAGACUUGUUCCCAUUGAUUUUUAUAGCCAUUCAGUGAUGUCGAUGCUAUGAUCACAUCAUUGUAAAGUUGGCUGUAUGGCUACGUGUAAAGAGAUUUUACUUGGUGUUGUUUAAUUAGAGCAUCUAAAUAAGAUAAGGGAUAUGAAUGGUAAUAGUUACAUACCAGCGGUUAUGUAUGGAUUAAAAAAAAUGAUGACUGGGAGUGGCUGAGCUCAGCGCUCACAACCUUAUUACUGUCCAAAUUUGAAAGGAUUAGGUGCAAAUCAAAAACAUUGCCCACUGCAGAGGGACAGUUCUUUGGGAUCCACCAGGGCUUUGGUUUUUGUUGAAUUGCUUGAAAAUAUUUUGCCAAUACAAAAUUGCAGACUGCACAGAAGCCUUGCACCAUAACGAUGAUAGUGGUAAAUGGAUGAGACAGCGCUGAUCAACUUAAGGCAGCGACCCUUAAAGGGGAAUCCCUCAAGAUACCCUUAAAACAAGAUGAAUAAAAAUAACAGUAAAAUAACAGUAAAAAGGGCUGCGCCAAGUAAAAAACAAAUAAAAGCCAAAAUAAAAUAAAAUAAAAACAGAAAUAAAAAAAGUCCAGAUAGUGUGUCCUUACGACUAGUGGAAGGCUGGUAAGGUGGUUGAUUCUUUGAAUACAAUAGUGGGUCCUCUUUAUAUGGAAGAGAAAAAAGACAGACAACAAAUGGUGCAGUAUGUCAGACUCAAAUUAAGACGUAGUAAGAGAUAAAGAUGGAAAACUCACAUUUGCGAGAGCUUAUAUCCAGCUCUGAGGUAAAGCGCACACAGCGGUAUAAUCCCCGCUUAUGGGAUAUAUGGUGGGAUAUCUCUCCGUCAGGGGUGACCAAUUCUCAAAGAGAAGAAGAGACAACCAAUAGUGCUCACUGUAUAGCGAUGAUGGUGUAAAUUAAAUAAAAACGUACUUACAAAUAGAGAGCAGGCGGGCUGCUCUAUGAUGUCAGCGUAAGUGGAUUGAUCCCCAUUUAGGAUUUCUUGGGGUGCUGGAAUCUUCCAAUUUGUUGGUGCAACCAAAAGAAUGGUAUUAAAAUAAUAAAAUUUAUAUAAAAUAAAAUAAAUAUAAUUAAAAAGCCAGGGUAACAAUAAAAUAAAAAAGAGGAUAUAAAAAAGAUAAUUGGCACAAUUAAAUAACCAAAUUAACUUUUAAUAUAAUAAUACACAAUUAAAUAUCCAUAACGCGUUUCGUCAAAAAAGACUUUAUCAAAUGGAAUAACAUUUACUACCUGGCACAUAGGGGUUAUAUAAGACACAAAUAAUUAGAAUAUUGGCGCCAAAAAUUAGAGCAGCCAAUCAAAACUCACAAUUUAUAGGCAGGCUCAAAACUUUAAAAUGAAUAUAUUAUACAACAUUCUAAGGUGUCCUGACCUAUUUAGAAUCAAUUGGAAGUAAAAACGAGGGGGGGAAAGUAUAAAAAUUCGUGUUUCAAAACGGUCACGUGAUUUUCGGCACUUCCGCAUACCGGAAGUGCCGAACGGCCGCAUGGGAUAUGUAGUUCAUGGCCGCAAAUGGCGACAGAGAGACCAAAUGAGGAGGGGAAUGUGGGUAUUAGGUAUAAGGGGUUCGGCCAUCUUGGGAAGGUACUAAAUCAGCCAUAUUGAGAAUGGCAAAUAGGAGAUAUACUUGUUAAUAGGAAAAGUAUAUCAGAAUGAAUGAAACAGUUUUAAAAUAAAACAGUUAAGAAAAGAACAGUUUAAAAAGACCUAAUGGCAAUAAAAAUAAAAUAUAAGAAUAACAAUAAGUAAUAAAAAUGUUAACAAUAUUUGAUAAAAUAGCAGAGUUAAAACAAAUUAAAGGCAUAUACACAAAUAUUCAUAAAAAAUUAUGUAAGUCGAAAUCUGCAUUUAGACCAUGGGGUAUAAGGGUCUUAAGGUUAUACACCCACUCCAUUUCAGUCUUUCCAAGUACCUUUUUUAUAUCUCCUCCACGCCAUGAGGUAGAACAUUUUUUUAUACCAAUACAUUUAAGUAGAUUUGGGUCUUUAUUAUGCAUAAUAAAAUGUUUGGAUACUGUAUGAUUUAGGUAUCCAUUUUUUAUAUUUCUGCAAUGUUCGCUCAAUCUUAUCUUUAAGCACCUUGUGGUCAUCCCCACAUAUUGGAGGCCACAUGGGCAUUCGAGCAGAUAAACAACAUUCUUGGAAUUGCAGCAAAUAAAAUCAUAAAUAUUAUAUACCUUUUUGGUUAUAUUUGACCUAAAUUGGGUAACCUUAGAUAAAACUGAAGAAUCUGUAGUUCUACACACUAUACAUUGUUUACAUUUAUAAAAACCUUUUGUCUGAGGAAAAAAAGAAGAAGUUCUUAGUCGGAGAUUCUUUAGUAAAAUUAGUGGUGAGAAUAGAUUUAAAACUAGGAGCUCCUCUGAAUACAAUAUUUGGGUGGGUUGGUAGAAUUGAGUUAAGUAUCUCUUCAUGUUUGAGUAUAUGCCAAUGCUUUUUUUAUAAUUCUUUUUACAUCAUUGCUUUUAUUAUUAAAAUUAAAAAUCACAGGAAGAGAUAUUGCUUCGUUUUGUUCUUUAUUUUUAUAGGUUAAAAGAUCUUUACGUUCUUUUUGUUGCACUAUAUUGAUUGUAUUAUUUAGGUCUGAUUCAGAAUAAUUUUUUUUCAAUAAAUUUAUUUUUUUAAAUUUCCGCUUGUUCAUUAAAAUCUGUAAUUUUUGAGCAAUUUCUGCGGAGUCGUGGGAACUGACUCUUAGGGGCACUCUCAAGCCAAGGCUUAUAGUGGCAGCUUGAUUUGUCAAUUGCCGUAUUUACACAGACCUUUUUAAAAAAAAGUUUUUGUUUGAAGUUGGCCUUUAUCAAUAAAAAUAUUAAGAUCUAAAAAAAUUGAUCGAUUCCUUACUAUAUUCGUGUGUGAGGAUGAUACCUCUAUCAUUGAUAUUUAAAUUAUUGAUGAAAGCAAUGAGAUUAUCUUCUGUUCCUUCCCAAAUAAAAAACAGAUCAUCUAUAUAUCUAAAAUAUGACACUAGGUUUGCUCGCCAUGCAUGGCUACCCCAAAUGGCUUGUGUUUCCCAAUCUGCCAUAAAUAGAUUCGCAUAGCUGGGGGCAAACCUACUUGCACCAUAACGAGUUGUAGCAGUUAGCAUGGUUUAAGUCCCCCCUUUAAACCAACUUUCACCCAGUGUUGUGAGAACUGUUGUAAAGUGCAAUCGUAUGUUUUGCUGCCUUUGUCCUGCAAAGAAUUUCUAUGAAUUAUAGGGAUUUUAAGCUGAAACACCGGGGUUUCAAUUACUGUGAGCGUGUCUUUAUGUAUGUGACGGUGUGUAAUUGUGAGAAUUGAAAUACCGGCUCAGUUAAGAUAUUAUAGGGCAAAUUAGCGACUGUCUUGUAGGCAAAAACUGACUAAAGGUGAAGUUACUUCUGUCAACUCUAAGCUGUCGCUAAGGAUGGUUAUGGGCAGUGGACAUCUUUUCACACAAGGCGAGAGUUGGGCUGUGGAGUAUGUUGUGGUCCUCUAUAGAUGCCUGUAUUGUACACUCAUGCUUGCGCAACAGUACAGCAGUGAUGUAGGCAACCUGGUUGAUGAAGCACCUGGUACUAAUGAGGGGGAAAAAACAUUGAUGGACAGCUUCAGGUAAGUAUAUCAACCUUUAGCUCUCUGCGUCACUUACUGUAAACAAAUUAGUGAUGUUAGCUUUGGGUGUUAUUUUUAAUAAGAGCCUAUGUAAGUGACAAAAGCAGUUUAUAUCAGGAGUGCUUAAUCUGAAUCUGUGUUACCACUUGCUUCCAUUUACCAAACUUGUUGUGAACAAUAUUUGUAUUUCAUUUAUGCACCAUACGAUACUUCAACAUGUUGGUAUUUUAUUUAUAAAACUUAAUCCAUGUUUGUGAAGUUGACACUUCUUUAUUGGCAUUGCACCACAUAGGAAGGCGGAGGGCUUUUGCCCUGUGUUGAACUCUGUCAACACAUUCCUUGCAUAAUUAUGCUAACUGAAUACACACACACCCCCAGCUCGUUAAUAUAAGGAAGGAACCAGUGUUUGAAGAUAUUUCUGUCUUCAAAGAAACCAAAUUUUAAGAGCAAUUUUAAGGCAUCUGAAAACAUUUUUAUUUUACAAAUUUGUUUUUAAAGGAAAUAAAUUUCUCGUUAUUUUAAUGACUGUUUUAACCAUUCGUGCCUGCUUCCACUGGAGGUCCACAUGGCAUAUAUUCGUUGAUGAUCUAUAGGCCUUAUGAUGGAUGGCUUUUUACUUUAGAGGAUUAGUGUAUUUAAGUCUAGACUUAAAGCAACACCCCAAGCACUGUAACCACUACAGUGCACUGGAGUGGUUAUGGUUCCUUCCCCCCGGAAAUUAAUCAAACUCUCCACUAAAAUUUUGACUUCUUACCUUGGGUCACUGGGCGCCUGUCCUUGUCUUUCUGCAGUGGUAUUAUGUUCCAUAAGCUCUCCUGAGCAAAUUAUUUAUUUAUAAAAUAUUUUACCAGGAAAGAUACAUCGAGAUUUCUCUCGUUUUCAAGUAUACCCACAGUGCCGGGCUAGUUCGUUGGCUGAGUGGCAGCUGAUUGCUCUAAAGCUAAUGAACAAAGCCCUGCACCCCUAGAAAGGUUAUGGCUGCGGAGACUGGGAAAAGCGCUUGGUGGACUCCAGGUAAGAUGUCAAACCAUAGUAAAAUGAUUUGACUAUUAACAACUCAGUGUCGGGUCACUCCUGGCACUAUAGCCUUUAAAGUGAUCUGUAGUAGUUAUGGUAUUUUCAUUUAAGGGAAAAACAUCACUGAAUUGAAUCAAUUGAACAUUGCCAGCAACUUAAUAUUUUUUAUUUAAUGCACAGUUUAUUUUUAAAUUUAUAUUAAAGAUUUAGUAAAUGUCUUCACAAUCUGGUUCAGUCCGGACACCACCAAACCUGUGCGGAAUUAUGCACAUUGUUUAACUUCUCCUUCACUCUGUGUGCUUUCUGUAUGCUGACUCUGGUGCAAAGUACAGAACAUAAAAGAAUGAUUGACAAGGAGCCUAGAUGAAGGCACCCCUUUGCUGGAUAAAAAUAUGUUGAAAGCUGCAUUUAAAGGGGGACUAUCUUUGCCAGAACCACUACAUCAUCUUUAUGUAGUGGUUCUGGUUUCUACAACCUGUCCCUGCAGGCUUUUCAGAGAAAAGACCAUAUUUACAUUGCUGCUUAGUAAUACCACUAGUGGCAGUCACUCAGAUGGCCACCAGAGGUGCUUCUUAUUCAGCGUCUCUGCAUGGAGAUACUGAAAACUCCACAUAAAGGCAUUGAUUCUAUGCAUCUUUUAGGUGAUGCUGAUUGGCGCAGUGUGGCAUCUUUCCACGCAUAUGCAAUGGACUCACAAUGAUUUCCUAUUUUCUGAGAUCAUCACAUACGUGUACAUACAUUUACAUGUCUGCUUGCACUACAGAAUGUAAAAUUGUAUUUUUAACAUUUCACAAUUGUAUAAUUGCUAAACGGGAAGAAAAAAUAAAAAUAAUAUUCAAAAUCUUGGGAAGGGACAACAACAAAUAUCAUGACCACUAAAGCCAGGCAUACCCUGGUAAGGGGAAAAACAUUUUGGCAACAAGUUGCCCCUUUACCUAGGUCUCCACUGGGCUCCAAUACUCCCUUUUUGGUCUGGUGACAUGCUUUUGGCUUCUGCAGAGUUGACCUUCAUUGACUGAGAGUUUUACCAUAAAGGAUCACUAAAGGGUAAGGAACACAAACAUGUAUUUCUGACCCUAUAGUGUUAAAACCACCAUCUAGCCCCCCUGGGCCCCUCAUGCCUCCAUAAAUAUAGUAAAAGUCUUACUGUAUUCAAGCCUGAAGCUGUAACUCUGCUUGCUGUUAGACUCAGAAAAACAAGCAGUCUGCUGACAUCAUUAGAAGUGGUGGCCUAAUCCAAUCACAGUGCUUCCCCAUAGGAUUGGCUGAGUCUGACAAAACGGCAGUUCAGGGGCAGAGCCAGCAUGAUUAAAACACAGCCCUGGCCAAUCAGCAUCUCCUCCUAGAGAUGAAUUGAAUCAAUGAAUUUCUCUGAGGAACGUUCAGUGUCUGCAUGCAGAGGGAGGAGGUACUGAAUGUUUGGAUGCAUUUGAGGCAGCUAUAAGCCAGGAAGGAUCUCUAACAGCUAUCUGAGGAGUGGCUAGUGAAGUUAUCACUAGGCUGUAAUGUAAACACAGCAUUUUCUCUGAAAAGACAGUUUUUACUGCAAAAAGCCUGAAAGUAAUGAUUCUACUCACCAGAACAAAUUCAAUAAGCUGUACUUGUUUUGGUGAAUAUAGUGUCCUUUUAAGACUGAUAUUCUGUGCACAGAAUUUACAUUAGCCAGUGUGAAUCUCUAGUUCCAAACUGUAUGAUGCUACCGGAGGUGGACUCAGGUUACUAGAUAAGGGGUUAAUCUCUAAUGAUGCAGUGUUUCAAAGUGAAAGGCUGCACAUAUAGACUUCAUGCACCAUGAUCACGUCAAAUCACUAAAGUGGCCAUGGUGCUUGGUGUAACCCUUAAAUGCUAUGCUUAUGAUUGUAGGCUUGUUUUGAAAUUUACUGGGAAUUUCUUAAAUCCUAGAGGUUCUUUAUACUUUUGAUCGCAAUAUGUAGCUUACCUGAAGCAUUCUAAGAUUAAGGGUUUGGUACUAGAGAGAUAAUUAUGAGUGGAUCAUUUAAAAAAAAUAAACAAACUAUUCUUGGUACAUGAUGUUUAUUUGCUUAAGACACACAUCUACAUAUUAAAGACUCCAAUGUUAUUGUAUGGUCCAUAGUACCUGUAAACUAAACGCUUUUUUUUCUUUUUUAAUUUGCCUAUUGAUUUUAUUUUUUUGUAUGCUGUUAAAUGUAUAUUUAACAGGGCAGUAGGUGAGCAUAACACCUAGGCAAAGGGAUGGGUAAGAAUAUAGCCCCAUGUAACAAAGCACAGCUUAGUGGAUAGGGGCCUUGACAAAGCUAGGAGUCGAGCCUAAGUUCAAGGUUUCCUGUGAUUGAGAGUUGGUUAAAACUAAAUAGGUAUCCAUUUUAGAUUUGAUCAGUUUAAUCUGCUUACCUUGCUGAAUUUGUGCGUGUCUUCCUCCCAUUUUGUUUAGUUGAUCGCAUGACUUAGUCCCAGUUUUUGUCACAACGGCAGGGCUAGUGAGCUGAAGGUUAUGGAGAUAAAAGCCUCUUUGUUUGAUUAAUAAAAAAAAAGUGGUUAUUCAGCUGAUUAGGAAGGUGGUCUCUCUCUCUCUCUCUCUCUCUCUCAAGUUGUCAAACUGUUCUUAAACCACUACAACGUAAUGUGGUUAUUGUGCCUGGAUUGUUUUUUAAAAUAAUCUUACCAGUGCCACUCACAAAAUUAGGGGCCCAGUAUAUGCCGCAGUGCUGUACAUGUAUACAACCUAGAAUUUUUUUUGACUUGGGGUGCCUUGGAAAAUAUUGAAAUAUUAAGGGUGCCUUGAACCUAAAAAGUUUGGGAACCAGUGGUGUAGAUCAUUCCUCUGAAGUCUCACUACUCCAUUCAGUACCAUUUAGGAGUUAAUUCACUUUUGUUUGUUUAUGCAGCCAUAGUCACACCUCCUCUGGCUGUGACUGAGUCUGCAUGAAAAAAAUUGUUUCAUUUUCAAUCAAAAGUACCUUAAUUUAAACGUUUUUGUCUCCUGCUCUGUAAAUUGAACUUUAUAAAACAUACAGGAGGCUCCUGCAGGGUCUAUCAAGCUAUUGGGAGAGCAGGAGAUACAACAUUCUAAAUGAAACCUAAUUUGCAAUAAAGGAAGUAUAAACAUUAGAUAACUCUUUACAGGAAGUGUUUUAGCAAGGCUGUGAAAGUCACAUACAGGGAGGUGUACCUUGGACUGCAUAAACAAAGUGAUUCAACUUGUAAAUGGCAGAGAAUUGAACAGUGAAACUGCAGAAACAUGAUCUAUACAACAAAACUGCUUAGUUAAAGGACCACUAUAGGCACCCAGACAACUUCAGCUUAAUGAAGUGGUCUGGGUGCCUGGUCCAGCUAGGGUUAACCCUUUUUGCUGUAAAUAUAGCAGUUUCAGAGAAACUGCUAUGUUUACACUGAGGGUUAAUCCAGCCUCUGAAGCCUCUAGUGGCUGUCUCAUUGACAGCCGCUAGAGGCGCUUGCGUGCUUCUCACUGUGAAAAUCACAGUGAGAAGACGCCAGCGUCCAUAAGAAAGCAUUGUAAAUGCUUUCCUAUGAACUGGCUGAAUGCGCGUGCAUGCGCAUUCAGCCAAUGACGUCGCUAGGAAGGAGGAGAGGAGGAGGAAAGCUCCCUGCCUGGUGCUGGAGAAAGUUAAGAUUUUAACCCCUUCCUCUCUCCAGAGCCUGGCUUGAGUGGGACUCUGAGGGUGGGGGCACCCUCAGGGCACUAUAGUGCCAGGAAAACAAGUAUGUUUUCCUGGCACUAUAGUGGUCCUUUAAGAUACAGUUGUUUUGUGACUAGUGUCCCUUUAACUAUUGUUAAUGUUUACAGAUAUUGGUCAUUGCCUGUUUUAUAAUGUAUUGGUAUAUGUUAUGUUGUAUGCAGGGGCUGGGGACAAUGACCUUGUUAUGUUAAAAAAAAAAACUUUGUAUAAAUCAAAAGCUGUGGACAUUUAAUCCAUAUACUAUUUGUGUCAGUGUUUUAUUGGGUUAGGUAAUGUGGGGGUUAUUUCCACCUGCCCAAAUGGCGGUGAUGUGUCUGUCAAGAAUAGGCCAUGCAUGUGGGGUGUGUGUUGUGGGUUUUUUUUUUGUUUGUUUUUUAUUACUAUCACUCCCCCUUAAUGAAUAAAAUGCUGCUUGUGAAUUCAUUUCAGAGAGCUCUUACACUAGAAUAGGUUGUUCCAAAACUAGCCAUUAUUUACUACUGAUUCAUGAUUUCCCCAAUGUGCUCCAAUGCUGAUGUGUUUGUACUAUAAACCAGGCAGCUCAAUUUCUGUCACCUCAAAAGUAUCUGAACAGCUCCCAUGAGUCUUUGGCCAUCUGUUGCAUUCAGGAGAGGUGUAGGCCAUCAGUAGGAUCUAGAGUUUGAGAUCCCUGAAGCCCACAACAAUGGAUAUACAUACUACAGUAAAAUCGUACUCUCAUAAAAAUGUACGUUUAAACUUAGCCACAUCAUCGGACUAUUGUUCAGUGCAGAGGUGUCAAUCAUGAAAUUACUUUACUAUUUUCAAUCUUUAGUGUUGACAGCUGGUUAAAGUUCCAAAUUGCAUGUGAUGGCAGCAUUCAAUGCAAUUACUUUUCUACUGUUAAGGUUCACUUUGUUAUAAACUUUCAUGUUUUCUCAAGGUAAAGUAACACUUUGUUAGAAAUCUAGCUUUGUUUAUUUAUUUAUUUUUAAUAGGGGAGCCUUGAGAGGGGGUGUCCCCGAACAUAGACGAACGCACCAGAGCAGGGAAUCCCUCCUUUUUUCUUUUUAAAAGGACACCUCACUUACCACCCUGCGAGAGAGCUGGUCGUAAGUGCAAGCUGUCGUAAAACAGGUAGUUCGCAAAAAGAGGACCACCUGUAUAACACAAGGCAGGGUUAUAUCAUUGGCUGAGUGUGUCAGCUGAUCACUCUUGGCCAGUGAAUUCAGCCCUGCUACACUGGGCUUGCUCGGGCUCACUGUAGGCUAUAGUGAAUGCAGUUAACCAUGGCAAGCGGACCUUAGAUAAGAAGUUGGACUACUCUAAAACAGUUUGACUACUUACAUUAGGAGAUUGCUAUAGUGGUUAUGGUACUUGGAGUGAUCCUUUUAAAAAUAGAUAUUGGUGUAGUUGUAUUAAAAGCAAUCCAGUAGUAAAGUUCUAAAUGGUGCAUACACCAGUAACACUCCAUCUGACGUCUGCGGUCAUUUGGCUCCAAAAUUGGCUAUAUAAAUAGCUACCAGCAUGGCAACAAUGACUUUUACAAUCCCAGUGAAUGGAAUGUGUCUUGUUCAGCAAUCAAACAGACCUCUCCAGAAAAAUUCACUGCCAUGGAGACAUUUGCACAGGAUGGAUGUGAAAACGAAAGGGUGUGAGGGACAGCACCUUUCAUUGAGGUGAAUUGCAGGAAACCAUGGUUUCCGGUACACAAAUGAGCUGCAGUUGAAAUCCCCUGUGGAAACUGGCAACCCUGAUUGACAGACUGCAUGGUUUUAAUAGGAGCUUAGCCUGGGUCAAUGCAUGAAACACAAUAGUAUUGACGCAAGCUCUCCGAGUGAAAAGCAGAGGGUCAGGACAACAAGCAAGGAUUAAUACGGAGAUUGCAGAACAUCCAGCACGUGUGUUCAUGGAGAUUCUAGCAGAUUUAUUCUACUCCGUUUUUACUUUAUAAAACUGUAUUUUAAAGAACUGAGGGUUGCCUUUUCUUGUGUCUGUUUUUGUUUUGUCAGUUUUUAAACAUGUAUUUAUUUUUAUAACUGCUUUUAAUUAGAAAUGUAUGCAGAGCUAAGUUUUCAUUAUCUGCUUUUAAAAGCCCUAAUAAGAAAAGGCAGGAAACUCUUUUCAGUUAUCUAUAGGCUGUUUCAGAGUUGUUUAACAGACCUACAUGAUGACGUACACAGCCUCUGAGAUCCUGGGAACUACAGCCACUUUAUAAUCUUUAGAGCUGAACUGCUUUUGAAGUAUACAUCAGAUUGAAACUGUUUGUAUUUUCAGUGUGCUUGUGUUUUUUUUUUUUUUUUUAUAGUAUUAUUCAUUUGGAUAACAUUUAAUCAAGGCAACAAAGACGUCUGUUCUUACUAGUAACUGACUUUGCUCCAAGCGGUUUCUAUGGGGACGUAAGACAACUGUUGAUGGGUAGAACGUUCCCAGAGUUUUGCAUUCUCCCUAGAGGCAGAGAGUUCUGAAAUGGAACCUGGAAAUCCAUUCAUGUUGUAUUUAUUUUGACUUUAAUGCCAAAACCAUUUUUUUUUAACCAUUGUGCUGCAGAAACCUCAGGCCUAAUGUGUGUUGUAACUUCAUGUAUCCAUUAGGAUUCCUGAUAUUGCAGUGUAUUUAAAAGCUUGUUUAUUUUGGUACCUUGGCACCGUUUCAUCUCACUGAAAUGAUCUACAUGCAUGGUCCAUUUCCCCCUUUAACCCCUUAAGGACCAAACUUCUGAAAUAAAAGGGAAUCAUGACAUGUCACACAUGUCAUGUGUCCUUAAGGGGUUAAUUUUUUAAUUUUUUUAAUCUUGCAAUGUAAAAUAUUGUAGUGUUUUGAGAAACGGCAAUUUUAGAUUGCAGGGUUAAGUCCACCUAUAGUGGCUGUCAGCAUGAAAUAUGAAGUUUGAAUGCGCACUUGCCAUUCAUGUGCAUUGGUUCCCCAGUGUGCCUCUACGACCUGCUCUGGAUUGGAUAAUCACUGAGGAGGUGAACAAUGCACUGGGAGCGGGAAAAAACACACCUAAUAUUAACCCCUUAAAACCGGAGGGUGUACUAUUACGCCCUAUUCUAAGCGGCUCUAAACGCCGCAGGGCGUAAUAGUACGCCCUCCGGUUUUUGUUACUUAGUCCCCCUGCUGGCUGAAUUCAAAUUAAAUAAAAUAAAUAUCAGUGCAAAAAAAUUUUUUUUAUAUACUUAAUAUAAAUAUAUAUAUAUAUAUAUAUAUAUAUAUAUAUAUAUAUAUAUAUAUAUAUAUAUAUAUAUAUAUAUAUAUAUAUAUAUAUAUAUAUAUAUUAGUGUGUAUUUUACUAUUAAUAUAUAUAAUUAUAUAUAUUAUCAAAUUACAUGUAGACUGAUACUGAUUAAAUAUAUAAUUAUUGUUAUAUUUAUAUAUAAUAUAAAAAAUAUGUAAAUACGUUAAAAUAAAAUUAAAAAAUAAUUAAAAAUAUAUAGAUGUGUUAUUUCAUUCUAACUGUAUUGUGAUAUUAAUAUAUAUUUAUAUCAAAAUACAUGUAGAACGAAAUAAUAUAUAUAUAUAUAUCUAUAUACAUAAAUAUAUACGUAUAUAUGACUAUAUACCUAUAUAUAAAUAAAAAUAUUUGAAAAAAAUUAUAUAUAUAUAUAUAUAUAUACACACACACACACACACACAUAUAUUCUACAUAUAUAUUUAUGUAAUAUUUUUACAUAAUUAGGUAUUUUAAUUAAUUACAAUUAGCAGGACCUGCCUGACAACCCACGCCAAAAGUAUAGGGAAUUUAAUUUGCUAGCACUAUAUUUAAACCUAUAACUUUCCAAGACACCAUAAAAUCUGUACAUGGGGGGUACUGUUUUACUCGGGAGACUUCGCUGAACACAAAUAUUAGUGUUUCAAAACAGUAAAAUGUAUAACAACAAUGAUAUCGCCAGUAAAAGUGACAUUUUUUGCAUUGUUCACACUCAAACAGCACUUACACGGACGAUAUUAUUGCUGUGAUACUUUUUACUGUUUUGAAACACAAAUAUUUGUGUUCAGUGAAGUCUCCUGAGUACAACAGUACCCCUUAUGUACAGGUUUUAUGGUGUUUUCAAAAGUUACAGCGUCAAAUAUAAGGCUUUGGUUACGUUGCCUUUGAGACCCUAUGGUAGCCCAAGAAUGAAAAUUACCCCUAUGAUGGCAUACCAUUUGCAAUAGUAGACAACCCAAGGUAUUGCAAAUUGGGUAUGUCCAAUCUUUUUUAGUAGCCACUUAGUCACAAACACUGGCCAAAAUUGGCGUUCAAAUUAGUUUUUUGCAUUUUUCACACACAAACAAAUAUUAACGCUAACUUUGGCCAGUGUUUGUGACCAAAUGGCUACUAAAAAAGACUGGACAUACCCCAUUUGCAAUACCUUGGGUUGUCUACUAUUGCAAAUGGUAUGCCAUUAUGGGUGUAAAUUUCAUUCCUGGGCUACUAUACAGUCUCAAAGGCAACGUAACCAAUCUGGCGAAUUUCAAUUUCAAAUGUAACGUGCUAUAUUUGACCCUGUAACUUCCCAAAACACCAUAAAACCUGUACAUAGGGGCUACUGUUUUACAUGUGAGACUUUGCUGAAUACAAAUAUGUGUAUUUUAUUGCAGUAAAAGCAAACAGUAUUAUAAAAUUGACAGUUAAAAUGUCAUGUAGAACUAAAAAAAUAACAUUUAUUUUUUCUCAUUUUUUUCAUAUUAAAUUAUGUUUCAUAGCUAAAUAGUUGAUAUUAAAUGAAAGCCCUGUUUCCCCUGAAUAAAAUGAUAUAUAAUAAGGGUGGGUGCAUUUAAUAUGAAAGAGGUGAAUUACGGUUGGACAGACAUGUAGCGCAAAUGCCAGGUUUUGUUUACAUUUUGCUUUGUUCACAACGUGUACAUUUGGCUCAGUCCUUAAGGGGUUAAAAUGUCCCUCUUUGUUUAUUUAAAAUUUUGGUAGGUAUGCAAUUUUUUUUCCCCUUUCUAUCACUAUGCUACUUGCAGUCAGCUAUUGGAUUCAGGACAUGUGCUAAGACUGAUAAGCUUCAGGAAUUGUGAAUUACCUUCUUUUUUUUUUUUUUUAAAUCAUUGUAACUGAUGUGGUUUCAUGUAUUGAACCAUGUAGAUAGAAUCUCCUGGAAAUCGUUAAAGUUGACAUGUAAAGGCUGCUUCGAUUGAUGCUCACAUCGGGACCAUGUGGGCAAUGGUGACUAGCCUGGAUCCAAGUGUUUCCUACUUGUAACCACUCUUUAGCCAGAUACCUACUUGUAACAGUUAAUAGGUAAUGGAUAGGGGCCUCUGAUUCUGUCCACAUCCCAUCAGAGGUUUUACAUUGAAGAAAUCUGUGAAGGAAAAAUCUUUUAGUUGUGUUGGUGUGUGUAAUUGCCAUAAACAUUAGAUAUCUGUGUUGACAAAAUGUAUUCUGAAAUAUAAAAUUAUCUAAAUUAUGUAAAGGAAUGGUAUGGUAAACUUUGAAAUUGUUGGACAUAUCCUCUGUCCGUGUCCUCGCCUCUGAUGCUCACCUUAAGGAGUAAUCUGGGGCUGCACUGUUCCUGUGUAGAGAUGUCGCGAACUGUCCGCCGAACUGUUCGCGAACUGUCCGCUGGCGAACAAUAGCGUGUUCGCGUUGGGCGAACAUAUCCGAUUUCCGGUCCGCCCCCUAUACGUCAUCAUUGAGUAAACUUUGACCCGGAACCUCACAGUCAGCAGACACUUCCUGGGAGGGAGGGUCUGCUGCUGAUUGGGUGGAAUGUGUCUGCUGGCUGUGAGGUUCCGGGUCAAAGUUUACUCAAUGAUGACGUAUAGGGGGCGGACCGGAAAUCGGAUAUGUUCGCCCAACGCGAACACACUAUUGUUCGCCGGUGGACAGUUCGCGAACAGUUCGGUGGACAGUUCGCGACAUCUCUACUCCUGUGUAACUGCUCCUACUCUUACCCAGUCUCCAUACCUUCAAGAUUUUAUUGAAAACUCAAUUCUUCAGGAAAGCGUAUCAAUUAAACAGUUAAUUGCUUUCCCACAGCGCACCCUGCUUCCUCACCUGCAACUGUCAUCCAAAAAAAGAAGCCUUCAUUGUAAAGUGUUCUAGUAACCUAAUUUUUUCCCAUACACGAAAUACAUCCUGCCCUUACUUCUUGUGUACCUUUACCCCACUACCUCUUGAAUGUAAACUUGUUUUUUUGCAGAACCCCAAACACCCUCUGUUCCUGUAUGUCCAACUUGGCUUGUUGCAAAUACUUGUCGGUUUGUCCACCCAUUGUACAGUGCUGCAGAAUUUGUCAGUGCUUUAAAAACCAUAUCUGUUUUUCUUACUUUAUUGAAAAGGAAAAUUUUGACUGCUUUAGUUCUACGGUGAGCUCUCUCCAAAACAGGCUAUUGUUUUCCACAUGCCCCAAAUGAAGAAACAGCUGGGCAUUGCUGAUUUCCUUGCCUCGCCAUUAUAGACCAAUAAUGAAAAUGCAUGUUUGCUCUUGUGCAUUUUGUAGGUUUGUUUGAACAAUGCCUUCACCACUUGCCUGGGUGCUUAUGCAGUGUGUGACGUUACCCAUGUCUGCACUGUGUGUCAAUAUGUGGUAAUGUGCUGAGUCCUGGAGCAUUCAGAGCCCCUACUACCUCUCCUGCUGAUUGGCUCCCUCACUGAAUCCCCCCUUCCCCUCCCCUCGGAGUUCAGUUUUCACUUCACUAUGGUGGGAGAGCUAAUGAAAAUGUUGAGCCCCGAUAAUUGUAAUCCUAAUAAGCAGUGACUGAACCUGUCUGUGGUAGUUUGAAGUCGUAUAGUAUGCACACACAGAGUAUAAUUACUCUGGCCUGUAAUGUCUGUGUGGAUUUUAAUGAUGCAGCAAUUUUUUUUGAAAUGGCUGUAUUUUUAAAAUUUAUUUUAUUAUAAGUGACAGAAGGCAACAAAAAACUGGCACAAGGAAACUCACUGGAACUAUAACCAAUACACGAAGCUUGGCAUAUCCCAUUAUCACAGCUCAAAAUUUACACUUACUAGUGACCAUAGUCCUGAGGACUGGAAAUCCAUCCAUGGAGGGUAAACUAUGGCUUCUAUUUACUGUUUUCACCAAGUGUAUAUAUGUGUGAUAUAUUUUACCUGUAGUCUGCGCUUUCUAAUGCAUGUGUUGUUGUGAUAACUCGACAAUGUUUGUGAACACACUGCGACAUCACAUUUGUAAGAUUAGAUCAUAAAUACAGCAUCUUGUUCUAUAUUUCCAUUUUUUUGAUAAAGGUUAAAUCCAUAAACUACAUUUGAUCUAUUCCAUUUUUCCAAAAUGUCAGAUCCAUUUGUGUGAUUUCUGUACUUGACUCUUCUAGUUCUUGGUUGUUGUUAAUAUUCUAUUUUUCAUUUAUUUAUUUAUUUAUUUAUUUUAUUCGAGCAAGAAGCUUGACAGUUCCAUGUGAAUUUUUUUUAGUUAAUCGGUGCUUCACUAUCAAUUUCCGGAGUGAAUUGAACAAAUGUAUUUGUUUUCUUUUUUUACACUAGAGAGGGUGUUUGCACAUGCUUUUGCAGUUCGGGUUUCAUGAUGCAGCUGGAGACUGUAAUGUUACAGCCAGAUCCAAUCAUGAAACACUAAGGGCUUGUCAUCAAGCUAGCCAAUAACACAGAUGCUCAGAUUGUUUCACAUCUUGGCAACUGGAACAUACAGCUGCCAAGCACAAACAGCAUGCUAGCUGAUGUAUCAAAGGAAAUAUGGUUUAAAGGGAAACUGGUCAAAGGGUGCCUCAAACGAUCUGUUUAACUGAAUGAUGGAGUUUAAUACUUUUUAAAGGUAAUGUACCAUAAUUUCAAAAGGUGGAGCAAUGACUACCUGGGACUAAAUGAAAAGAUAUAUAUUAGUAUGAAUAAACAAAAGAAGAUAAAAUCUUUAAUUAAAAGAAGGUACACAAAAGCAAGCUUAAAAUACACUUUAAAUCCUAUGCGUUAAAGGGGCAAUCCAAGAACCAAACCUACUGCAGUGUGUAGUAGCAAAGGUGCCAGAAGUGCCUGGACACUCUUAGCGUAACAUGGCAAAUCGUUCAGGAAUAGUUUUUCAACUUGCCUGCAGUUGGCUAGGUGCCUCUCCCUGCAUCCGGAAGUUCAGCGACCGGAUGCAGGGAGAAGGCACCUCAUUGGCUGACCAUGCCUAGUUGACAUUCUCAGCCAUUGAACCAGCCCUACAUGACUGUUUUAGCUCAGUGGAGCUAAAAAUAAACUCCUUGCAUGAGCUUCUGGCUUCAGGGGAGGUGGCAAUGUUUGCACCAUGUGACAUUACUACAAAGCGAGCUGUAUUUAGAACUGGCCCAAGCGCAUCUCCUGUGGCUCCCUUUAGCCACCGGACACUAAGGUUGAGGCUACUCUGCUCCAGUAAGUGAUAAAAGUAAUGGCAAUCGUCCAUGCCUCUUCUCUCCCCUUUUACAAUCAUGUGCAGCUAUGUGUGAACUUGCAGCAGUUGGUCUGAAUAACUGUAGAAUCUGACCCAACAUGGCUGUGUAGCCAGAUAGUGACAUUUCCUCAAGAAAUGUCUCAUUAAAUGUAAUAAACUUCUAAAAAGUGAGAAGUGAAAAUUUGAUGACCAUUGAACAUUGAGUCUGUUACGAAAAACAUAUAUUGAAACGCUCCACUAAAAUUUGUGAACUUGUUGCGCUCCAAUAAAAAUGCAAAAUAAAAUGAUUAAAUGCCUUUAAUCAACAUGGCAUUUUAUCUUACCAAGUAAGCCGAUGCUUUCAUAUUUUCAACUAUUACACGUGCCUAGAUAGCAUUUCGAGCGCACGCCUUAUUGGAAAAGCCUUUUCCCCUCACUUAACUUUGACAGAUGUUAAGAUAAGAAUGGCAAAACCUGCACGUAGGACUGUGAACACUCUCAUGGUUCCUGCCAACUUUUCAACAGAUCUUUGGACUUGAAAUUUCUAGGAAAUGGUUGGUUGCCCCCCACCCAACAAACAAUCUGCUCCCUUAUCACUACACCAUCGGACUAUAAAAACAUCCUUUAGUCUACAGCCUAAACAGAGUGAAGAAGAUCUACUUUGUUGAGAAAGUGUUUAUUGUGUAGGCAUUCAUAUCACUCACUGAAACUAUUAAUCUGAUUAGGCAUACACUCUGCUUUUAUUUAAGUGUGUGUGUUUUGAUUUUUAAAACAACUCAUUAUUUAUUGUGUUUUUUUGUAUUUUUUUCUUUAUCUUACAUCAAAUAUAUUGGCAAUAUCAACAGAAUGUCUGAGAGGUUGUGUAUAUUAAUAGAGCAGAGGUUGGCUACCUUUGGCACUCCAGAUGUUGUGGACUAUGUCUCCCAUAAUGCUAGCAAAGUAUCAGGGAGUGCCGAAGGUUGCCAACCACUGUGAUAGUGGUAUUGACUAAAAACCGUUUGACCCAUAUCACACUUCUUUAAAUUACAUUUUCUUCCCUUUUAUUAUUUUGUCCUGAAUACAAUUAUAUAAUUUAUUUAUUUAUAAAAUAUUUUACCAGGAAAGAUACAUUGAGAUUUCUCUUGUUUUCAAGUAUGUCCAAACAGGAGUUUGGUCAAAAUGAAAGCUGAGAUGUUAGUCAGGCUUUUUACCAUCAUUCUAGGAAGUAGUAAAUCAGAAAUGUGUUUAUGGAAGCUACUGAACAUGCAAUGAGCGCAUUUAGGCAAUUGUUUCAGGGCACUUGUAAACUUUUAAAUGAGUUGACUUUGGGAUAAAAAAAAACACCAACAAAUUAAACUGUGUUGUCUUGACAUUUCCUUUAGUGCACCAUUGGCCUGAAGAGUAAUUUGUUGGACAGAAUUCCUGUCAUAGAUCAGCAGAGAUGCAAAAUAGUGUUUUGUUUGUGAAGCAGAAAGUUCACACGAAGAGGCGGGAUACUCUACUAUAUAGUAGUAAAAAUGUUUAGUAGUCGCUGAAGACAAUUCUAAAAUCACUUGUGUUAAAUCAGGAGUCUCCUUUACCAUAUACUAAGAAAAGACCAAAAAGGAUCUGUGAGGCACUCGAGAGAUAAGAUGUAAGAAGAACGACUUGGCUGUAUAUCUUGUAGGCCCUACAUUUAGUUACUAUAAGAUUGGGCUAGAUCUUGAGUAACCGUGCACUGCAUGUGCUGAUUUGACUGAGAAAUAAGGAUGUCAAUAAAGGACCACUAUAGGCAUACAAACCACAUUGUCCUAAUGAAGUGGUCUGGGAGUGGAGACCUUUGGAUUUGUAAUCUGCUGUAUUAAUGACAAUGUUAUGUUUGCACAUCUAACGCACCACUAGUGUACAAACGCAAUCAAACGGUGUCUUCAAUCAAAUUCUGAUUCUAGGGCAGUGUUUGACUGGCACAGAACCACUAUUUGCUGCGCACUAGCCUCCCUUUGGGGGAAGUAUUGGAUUAGCUGAGAUAAUCAAGAUCAAAUGUUUGUUUCAAAUAAGGGAAGCCAGAUUUUCAAAUCUGAUAUUUUAUUUACAUGUGUACAGCUGCCAAAGAGCUAUUAAUGAUUUAGAAGCCAUCACUAUCCAAACUUUACGAUACUUUUCAGCAAUGCUUAAAGGACCACUCUAGGCACCCAGACCACUUCAGGUUAAUGAGGUGGUCUGGGUGCCUGGUCCAGCUAGGGUUAACCCAUUUUUUUCAUAACAUAGCAGUUUCAGAGAAACUGCUAUGUUUAUGAAUGGGUUAAGCCUUCCCCUAUUUCCUCUAGUGGCUGUCUCAUUGACAGCCGCUAGAGGCGCUUGCGUGAUUCUAACUGUGAAAAUCACAGUGAGAGCACGCAAGUGUCCAUAGGAAAGCAUUGAUGAUGCUUUCCUAUGUGACCGGCUGAAUGCGUGCGCAGCCAGCCGACGGGGAGGAGAAGAGGAGGAUCGGAGGAGGAGAGCUCUCCGCCCAGCUCUGGAAAAAGGUAAGUUUUAACCCCUUCCAGAGCCGGGCGGGAGGGGGACCCUGAGGGUGGGGGCACCCUCAGGGCACUAUAGUGCCAGGAAAACGAGUAUGUUUUCCUGGCACUAUAGUGGUCCUUUAACAAUAUAGGAUCAAAGAAAAUGGGCUAUACAGUCUGUUUAAACACCAUGGUUAUCCUCUUUGGUAAUGAUAGGUCAGACCCAUUUCCCCAGUAACUGGAUGGGACACCGUUCCAGGUUACAACUUUUGGGCACACUGCUUUUUAUGCACAGACCCCUGCAGGGGGGUCUCCAUCCAAUCCGAAGAAAGGGCGCGAAACCUAUUCGCGCCAACCAGCACCCAGGGACAAGAGAUGUUUUGCCACCGAAACAGAUGGAAGGGCGCGAAAACCCAUAUGAACAAGCGCUCCUUCUUGGAUUAGUCAUCCCUGCGGCGACCAAUCAACGCUUUACUCGCGCUGACCAACCAGGAAAAUGGCGCGAACCCAGUUUAAAUGGGCACUCCUCCCAUUGGUCGGCACGGACUUCCAUGCGGGAACCCUGUGCCCGUGAGACCAACUCACAGCCUCAGGGACUCACUGCUGGCCCGCGUCCCUCUCUCCGGUGGAUACCCACACUCAGGUAUCUGCAGGAGAGAGCGUUCGCCUGGGUAGGCACGAGCGUGGCAAGUGAUUAUAGCUCAGUUAGUAGCGGGUAGGAUGAUCCCUGACACCGGGAUCGAAGACGGUGCAUGCAGGCCGGCUCGGGAGCCGAAUGCUGCCCCUGCUGGGCGUUCGGUGAUAUGAACCGAUGGCCCCCCAGGGGAAGCAUGCGCCGCUCGUUCCCUUGCAGUCUGCAUUCUCAUUUAGCCAAUGCUUCUUUGGUGUGCGAACGGCAGAGCUCCCAAUGCCUCAUUAUCUCUAGACUUAUUGGCAAUGCACAUUUUUGUAACUUGUCUGUAAUUGUACAGUCUGUAAUUGCUGUCUUAAAUCUUUUUAUUUGCAUAUAUUUAUAUAUUUUAAUCAGUCCCUUUAUAAUCCUAUCCCCACCUGUGGAUCUUGAGUUAUAUAAUUUGUUGUGGACUACACCUCCCUUGAUCAAUUUGCCAGUAUUAUGACUGUAAAGCAUUAUAGGAAAUAUAGUCUAAUACAAACUUGUUUCGAUGCCUAUGUCUCUUUUUAAAAUAAAAAAAAUAAACCAUAACAAGCUGACGUGGGUGACAGUACAAUGUUGUUGUUGUUGUUGUUGUUUUUUUUAAAAAAGAUUUUGUUUUGAUGAUAUUAUGUAUCUAGGAAGGAAGUAACACUGCCUUUAAAAAUGUAAACCUCCUACUAAGCCAUCAAUGAUUUUUUUCAAAUAAAUGAGGAUUUUUCAAAUUACUCAAUAUGUACUUGGAGUACAUAUGACUUGGCAACAUCCAUUCUCCAUUUUGAUGAAGACUGCAAUAAAACAAUUAUGCUAACUUUCACUUCUUUCUUUAAUUAGGAAAACUAAUAAUCAUAAAAAUUUAAAAAACACAGCAAUGUCGCCAUACAGACCAUAUUAUUAAAUCUACAAGUAAAUAAGGUUAAAUCAGAAAUAACGUGUGUAGCGUGUGCCAUUUAGGUUAUUUAUUACUUUUCCCGGCAUUGUGCAAAACAAAAUAUAAAUUAAAUUACGGCUUGUAAUUGUAGGUUUCUCACAUCUUCUUCCUGGAAAUUUUGGAUAAUGUUACGAUUAUGAAAACCAUAAUAUCUCUUAAGAAUAUAGACUUGUUCAAACCAAGAAAAGAAUGUCAUUCACAAUGCUAAAAAAAAAGUUCUAAUUCACAUUUUCAAACAUUCAUGAUAGAUUCCAUGCUAAUUGGUGUGGUUUAAGGUAUUUUAGAAUAGCAAUGGGUACAGCCUUCAAAUUCUAAGAAUCAUUAAAAUGACGAUCAGCAAAGAUAUUUCUUCUUAUACCUCAUGGGAACAGAACAUUUGACGAUCUUUAAAUAAUUACCUUUUCCCAGAAUAUCAGAUAUGCAUAAUUUACAUAUUGAGAAGGAAACCUGCUUUCAGAAUAAGGAUUUUUUUUUUUUUGGCAAACUGGAUGGCUCUUCUGGUCCGAUGAAAUUGACAUUAAAGGAUUACUGUAACCCUUUUUAAAAACCUCUGUAUUUAUUUAUUAUGCUAUAUUAGGAAUUCCUUGCUUGCCCCCCUCCCCUCCCCCCCCCCACCCCCCAAAAGGUACAAAAAUACUUUAAAACUGGUCUGUAAUCAUCCCGGUACUUAUCUCCACUGCUGCGUCUUUCAAUAAGGGCUUCGCAUGGUCCAAUCAAAGACUUCUCCUAGAAGCCGGGCGUAUGUGCAUGCUCUGAGCAGGUGAGGAAUGGGAUACAUGUGUAUGUAUAUUAACCCCUUAAGGACACAUGACAUGUGUGACAUGUCAUGAUUCCCUUUUAUUCCAGAAGUUUGGUCCUUAAGGGGUUAAAGCAAUCUAAGCUAUCGAUGGUUGUAAGCGCAAGCUUCCCCUUGUAGGCGCGUUGUCUGCAAGGGAGAAGCUAAUUACGGUAUGUUUGUUGCCAACGUGCUGACAAUAUAUUUGUACAGAUUGACCUAUUCCAUUCAGGAACAGCGUUCUUGGCUUCCAAAUUCAUGUGUGCUGGGGUUGCAACACAAGUGCAGGUAUCUCUGGAUGUACACACUUUCAAGCAGAAACACUGUACAUAAAGACUCCUAUCACCAUGACCACUAUAAAUUGCUUUUACAGGAUUUCUCCAAGCACCACAAUCACUUAAGUAAUUUGAAGUGGUCAUUGUGCCUGGAGACUGUGUGUGUGCGGCAUUUCACUUUGAAAUGCUGCACAUGCAAAGUUUAACCCCUCUGCUGCCAGAGGUUUAACUACUCCGGCUUCACAGGAGUGUCAUUGGCAAGCGGCUGGCUAAAAUUCUGUGGAUAUUCCUAUGCUGAGAAUUGCUUUCAAUGGCUAGGGCAGAAGCUAUCAGGGGAGGAUCCCUGGAGGCUGGCGGCAACCAAGAUUAGUGGCCAAACUGUUAAAAAAAAAAAAAAUAUGUGUGUGUGUGUGUGUAUGUAUGUAUGUGUGUAUAUAUAUAUAUAUAUAUAUAUAUAUAUAUAUAUAUAUAUAUAUAUAUAUAUAAACAAAAAACAGGGAGUCAGUGCCCAGGAAUUCUAAGCAAUUUAACACAUGCUUCUAGUGGUUAUAUUGCCUAGGGUGUCUAAUUUUUUUUUUUUUUAAAUAAAUAAAUUAAAUGUAUAUGAUGGUGGAUAGUAAUGUUAUAUUUAAAGAUUUGUCUAUUUUGGGAUUGUGAAUGUUAUUUCAAAGUUGCAUGUGGAAUUUUUGAAUGUGUAGACAUUCUGUUCAAAUGUACUCAUCAGGGUUUUCCACCUUAAAUCUUUGGAAUAUGUGUUACCCAAGUGUGAAAUACAGUGUAUUACAGUAAACUGUGAAAAGAAAAAAGGAAAUGUUGGCCUCAAAGUGGAAUUUUGUUAUCUGUCCACACACACUUGUUCGAUUGCACACAUUUUAGCUUUAUUUACUAAACUAAACUGUGAAUUGUGCUGAUUUUAAAAUCUGAAAUACAAAAUAUUCCCCAAAAUAUCUGCAGUGCAAACAUUCUCUAAUUCAGGUUUGUUUUCUAUUCACCACCUUCACUAUUUAGCAAUUGAACCCAUGUCACAAAAACCCUGGUUUGAUGUAUUUAAAGGCACCUCAUCUCAGUGAAGUUAUCUGGCUGCAGCAAUCCUUUAAUUGUAACCCUACAAUGUAAAACAUUGCUCUUUAGUGGAUAUAGUAAUGUUUACAUUGCAUGGUUAAAUACUCCUCUAAUGGCUGUCUACCUGGCAGCCACUAGAGGCGCUUCUUCUGUGAGAUUCACAGCUCACACGCAAGCACAUUUUGUGAUGUUGUGGUAGCAGAUCAGGUGGCUGUAGUUACUGGAUCUCUGUGCUGGAAUAGAUGGUGAGUAAUAAACUUUCCUUCCAUUUGAAAAAUACAUUUUUAAUAGGUUGUGGGAAAACUAAGUGCAGAAAAGAACACUGUAGUGUUAAGAAUACAGACUUUUCUAUUCAGAACGCUUUAGGAACAUGCCAAGAACCAUAACCACUAUAGUGAGCAGCAGUGGUUUUGAUGCCAGGAGUGCCUUACCCCACUGUUAGGAGUUAAACCAUUUUGACUUUUACAGGUCCCUACUUCCAUUACCAGAGAGUUGCUUGGGCCUCUCUCAGUGUAAUAAAGUGCCAUAGGUAGGACUAUCAAACUAAAACGGUUAGUAGCAGAAUCAAUUGGCACCGUAGUCCCUUAACAAAAUCUAUCUCCUCUGGAUUGUAAACUCUGACAUCACCAGCAUACUUGAGCAUUAGAAUUAUAUUUACAUGACACUUAACUUUUUUUUUUUAAUGUUCCAUAUCAUUAUCUUGAUGUAGCUCCUCAGCUCUGUACACUUCUCAAACGUACACAGCUGACAUCUGCAGUGAAUUCCCAGUUGACAGAGAACAGUGAUGUCACCAACAUUUUAAAGUCUGUUCUCAUUCCUCUUGCUCCCUCCCCCCCUCUCUUUUGGGCCCCACUAAACCAAAAAGAAAAACUUGUGUUGCACCUAUUAGAUGUUUAGUGAUGUUCUCUGCCUCUAAAACCUACUAAACGUGUUUACAUUUUUAGGGCAUCUGGUGAGUGUUCUGUAAUUCGGGAAGGUUAGGCUGUGACCCCCGCUCCUGUGGGAAUGUUAAAGUGUUGGCUCUAGAGUUUUAUUAAUUGCCACAAAAUGAGCAGUUAAUGCUAAACAUCUGUUGGCCAAAGCACCAGUUUCAGAGUGAUGUGAUAUUUGGCUAGAGAGAAAUCUCUGACGAAUAGAAGGAUAAACACAUGCAUAAUCAAUACUAAUUCCAAAUGUUGAAGGCUCUAAAUUUUCUAUUAUGUUUAAUGCAGUUCCAACUGUGCACUGCUUUGGACUUCGUUGGUAUGUUAAUAAAUACGUCUAUAAAUCUUGUAAAUUAUUUUUUCAUAUUUUUUUUUUUUCUGAAGCAAACAUUUGAACAUCACUGAAUACUUUUCAAUUUGCUUACAACAUCCAACUUAAAAUGGGGGGAAAAAAACCCUUACACCUCAAGUCAAUGUAUGGUCAAUACAUUGUUAAACACUGAUCUGCACAUGAGUCAAGCCAUAAGACUUGCUUUUCCCACAGAAAUCACAAAUCUGCAGUGAUGUUACUACCGCAAAGGAUUCUGGGUGGACAUAUGCAAAUUAGUUUAACAAAGAAUCACAUUUUUGCCUCAUUCCAUUUUAAACAUGGAUUCUUUGGAGUUUGUUUGCUGUAUACAACAGCUUUGAACCAAAACUCUGCGUGUGUGUGAGGUAUGUGUAUAUGUAUGUAUGUAUAUAAUUUACCAGUUUUAAUUUGUGAUAUCUGGUUCAGUACACUGCAUUGUGGGCAAACUUUUAAAAAAAUGUUAUGAACCCAUGCAAUGGUGUGAUAAGAGUUGGGAGUCAGACUGGUACUUUGUAUGGCUGUAUAAGUAUUUAGCUGUUGGUCUAUAGGAAUUAGUUAUGUGACCAAGAAUGCCAUGAAAUGAUGCUAUGGGAAAGCUCCAGUUUUUAUCUUUUCAUUUUUAUCUUUUCAUUUUUCCCACUAGAAAUUGAAGCCAAGGAGGCCUGUGAUUGGCUGAGAGCUGCUGGUUUUCCGCAAUAUGCACAGCUUUAUGAAGGCAAGUACAAAAUGUCAUCCCUGAUACAAAAACGCUAUUUGUCUGGGUCUCCCAGCAUGCAUCAUUUCCCUGUAUAACUGCAGAAGAGUUCUACUAAUCUUGGUGUACGAUCUGAUUGGCCAAGCUGGCAUAGUGAGACUUGAGUGUAAAUUACUGCUAGUACAAUCUGUUGAAUUGCAGAAACACAUCACUUGGCACUUAAACCCUCUUAUCUUUUUUUUUAUUUUUAUUUUUAUUGAAGUUGCCUGAAGGUUUUCAUAUGGUGUUGAUAAAUUAAUUAUGUGACACCAGUUAGCACUAAUUAUAUUGGAAAUCCUGUCAAUGCGUUAUAAGCACCAUAACAUUGCAGAUAAAGAUAUUAAAUAAAAUGUUCAUGAAUUUUUUUUUAUUAUUAUUUUUUUUAGAUAUGCUAUUUCCAAUUGACAUAGAAAUCGUGAAAAAUGACCAUGAAUUCCUGGAUCGAGAUGCGAUGGAAUCAUUGUACAGGUGUGUAUGUAUAUGUUAUUUAAUCAUCUAUGGAUCACCUCCCCCCCAUUUUUUAUUUAUUUUGGUGUUUGUUUGUGUGUUUAUAGAUGUAUGUCAGUGUUUGCAAGUUCAAGGUGUAGAACAUUUCCUUGUCCUAAUACAUUGGCGUAAAACUCUCUCAAAAAAACAAUAUUUGGUUUCUUUAAACCAGUCUGUUUUUAUUCAAAUACAAAUAGACUAUGUUGCACACAAUUUAAUUAUGAGGUCAAAAAGGCCUACAUUUGGCAUACUGGUUCUAAAUUUCGUUGCAGGGAUGGCAAUUUAAGUGGAGAUGUGUUGGUGCAGAUACAAAUACCACUACAUAUGAAACAUGGUACUAUUAAAAUCUAUUAUGAAUAUUAGACUGUAUAUCGGGCAAGUAGUUCCAAACCUCUACAAAUAUGCAAGAGGGCAGAUUUCUUUGUAUGAAUAUUCUCAGUUAUAAUAAAAAGGUAACUUGCAUGCAUUGUGGGUAAUGAGUAAAAAAAACAAAUGAGGACAGAAAUCAUUUUUAAAAUUUCAUUUUCCCAUUCUAUAAUUGCAUUUAUUCUCCGAUGUUUAGUAUUUGGCUAUGUUUUGUUUUUUAAUGUCAAAUAUUCUAAAAUUAAUAUUGACAUUUUUACGAUUCCUAUUCAUUCAUUCAGGCGUUUGAAUACCUUGAACAAAUGUGCCACUAUGAAAGUUGAAAUUAGUCGUAACAGAAAACAGGUAUGUAAAAAAAGUCUUGCUUCAAAUUAUAAAUAUUUAAAUUGUAGGGGCAGUGAUGAAAUCUACCGUAGAUCUCCCCUAAUCAAAGUGAUCAUUUAGCAGUACACCGUGUUGUAUUAUUUUAUGCUUGUAUACUCUUGUUUUAUUUAGCCUUUUAAAAAAAUAUAAUUUUUUCCCCCAAAAUUAUUGGUAAUGUUCACUGCAUCUUUGUUUUUAGAGUGACUCUGAAGAAGAUGAACCUUGUGCGAUAAGCAACAAAUGGUCCUAUCAGAGGCAAAGUCAAAGGUGGUCCCGACUGGAGAAUUUAGAUUGUUUUCAACCAGAGGAAACUUCAACUCUGUCCUUGCCAAGUAGUCCAUGUAGUAAGAGCCCAAAAGAUGAUUUAUCAGAUCUUGGGGAGAAAAAUGAUGCAUCUUCAUUACACAGCUCUAGCAGUGCUGAGAGUGAUGGCUUCCUCAAGACUUAUGAAGACUUGGAGACCAGCAGAAGUUCUUCAAGGUGUUCAUCUUCAACUAAACUCAUCUCUCCAGAUUCAACAUUUCGUUGUUCCCCAUCUCCUAGUGAUACACUAAAUAUCAUCACAGAGGAAAGGUUGCUUGAAAAGCCACCUAAUAAAAGAGGUAAAAGUCUGCUGAGGAAAAUGGAAAAGCUACGCUUAAGAAGCUCUACUGUAAAAAGAAAUGCGUUUCCAAAAGAGCGACCUAGUAUCAGUGGUCCUGUUUUGCUAGAUGGACUUGAUGACGAUAAAUUACGGAACCUAAACUGUGUCAACAUUUCAGAUCUAGCUGAUGCUCAAAGUAAAGAGGGACUUUCAUGUUCUUCUCAGACAUGCAGCAGCAGUAGUCCAUCUGAAAAUAGCAGCACUGUGAGCACCCCCAGUCCUGUUAUAAGAGUGAGAAGUCACAUGAAAAGAGGCGGCAUGUAUGCAGAAGACUUUGAUCUUACUAAAUUCCCCCUAUGGAGUGAUAUAUCUGAGCAAAAUUUCAGAAAUGAGCAGCACUUGCAUCAAAAUCAAGUUUUCCAGAUACCACAGGGCCAUAAACCGGGUACAUUUCCCAAAGCACUUACAAAUACUAUAUUGACACCUAUAGAUAAUACCUCUGUAAAUUGGAGGACUGGAAGCUUUCAUGGUUGCAAUAGGAACAGGAUGAGAUCUAGUAGCUCCAAAGACACCGAAACUCCUCCAAGUCCACUUUCACUUGUUAACAAUCGACUAAGCAUUUAUGAUAAUGUGCCAAAUCUUCCUUUCCACCUCAACAAGCUUGAAUCCCCAGGAGAUGACGAUGUAUUCUCAGAACUAGACAAUGUAAUGGAGCAUGUUAAUGGACUUCGCAAACUGGUCAGUGAAUGGUCUGAAAAGUUCUCAGAUGAUGGAGAUUCUGAUUUUGCUAAUGACUCUGCCUCCCCUUGUCCUUCUUCCCCCAAAACAAUCCACCUUGAGGUAAACGAACAUAUACAUGGCAAAUCGAAAUCCACCGAUGACUCGGAUAGUUGCAAACCUUGUACGGACAGUGACUCUUCCAUUUUGCCCUAUAUAACGGUUUCUGAGAUGGGGUCAUCUUUAACAGAUUGCAGCAGGUUAGUCCUUAGUCACAAAAAGUAAUUUAUCCUAGCACGUGACAUGAACUGUUUUCAAAGGCAUGGUAAUUUUACUUUUUGGUUGUGUAUUCAUUAUGCUUGUAAAAAGACAGACAUUUUAAAUAUUUGCUUUAUGUAAGGAUUUACUAUUUAUAAUUUAAGUUGUGCUGAUCUUUAUAGAAAAUGUACAUUUUAAAUAAGCGACAAUCUAAUAAGAGCUGGUAUAGAGUAGAACCUUUCAAAAAAAGGGGGUAUUCUGAAAAAAGUGGCAAGUUUUAUUCUGUGAAUGAUCAUAUACUGCAACUGUGAAUCCCCAUUAUUUUAUGCAGGUUGUGUGUCUUAACUUCACACUGGGUUUUAAAGCUUAGUGUUUAACGUCCACAUUCUUAUUUGUGUGCAUGUGUCCCAACAGCACCCUUAUCAAGUAUGCAUGUUCUGGAAAGUGCAGCUUUUUAAAAACGAUUUAUGUAAUGUAAACAAAAAAUAUCAAACCCUGAAAUGCAGAGCUCCUCAAGAGCGCAAAUGUUCCAAAUAUAUUUGACAGUUCUAUUAAUAUACAGAUCAUGUUUGUAAAUAGAACAAUAAUCCUAAAGAGUAGCUGCUGCCUUGACUUGAAACUACUAUCAAUCUCAGGCAGACCGCUGCACGAAGAUUAGAUUGCUGCCUUUAUAAUUUUUUUUAUUUUUUUUUAUUUUUUAGCUUAUAUUAUACAUAAAGAUUAAAGUGUCCAUUAAAUAAUGCCCAUCUCAGUCUCCUAAAGCCACCAAAAUCUCUCAAUAAUAUUUCCCGAUAACGUGCAGUUAUGUAUUCUCUGUAGUAUAGAAAUUGUAUUUUCUGGUUUGUUUCUUCAGUAACGUUAUUACAGGUUUCAGCAUAUUUGCUGUACAGUGUCAGGUUUUCAUGCUUGUGUUGUUAAAAGCAAGCAAACUGAAUUCAAGUAGAACAUAACAAAUCAUAUUGUACAAAGCCGGUUAAAACUGUUCUAAUUCUUAAUUUUGACCCGACCCUCUAACUUCAGAAGGGCUUUAUUCUAUAUAAGGAAAAGAGCUGACCUGGCAGUUUUACUCCCAUUAAUUCCCAUUGACAGCAGUGGGACUUAACGGCACAAAAAGCAACCAAUCUGUUUGUCGUCUUUUACGGAAUUAAGUCUUUUAAGUCUCAAAAGCAGCAGAAACUUAGUGAUUUAUCUAUGGUUUUCUGUGCUAAGCUGACACUGUUAAAAUGCCUUUUCAUAUUUUAUAGCAAGGCUUUAGGUAAUGUAUUAUUACACUGCAUACUUGACUGUAUUUUACAGCUGGGGUCUGUGUGAAACAUGAAUUCGGUCUCCUAGGACAAUGUACUGCAUGUACGAAGGAACACCUUAGACAUGUUGAUCACUCUUAAUGCUUUACCCUGCAGACACAGUCCAGAACCUGAGAACCCAUUAUUACAAGUUGAUAGCCAGUCAGCAGCCCACCUGAACCGGAUUCAAAAACUGGCUUUGCUCAAGUUAACAGCGUUGAUGGAUAAAUAUUCCCCGUCUAGCAAGCAGGGCUGGAACUGGUGAGUAUUCGGACUUUAGUGGAUUUAAAAAAAAAAAAAUUGUGUGUGUGUGUGUGUAUGUAUGUGUGUGUGUAUAUAUAUAUAUAUAUAUAUAUAUAUAUAUAUAUAUAUAUAUAUAUAUAUAUAUAUAUAUAUAUAUAUAUAUAUAUAUGUGUGUGUGUGUAUAUAUACUGCUCAAAGCUAUUAUAAAGGUGAAUUACAUGUGUACCUACAAUAUCCAUAUUAUCUCCCUGUGUUUUGUCGGCAUUGACCUGCUGAUACAAGAUUGGCUUUGCGCUAUGGAGCCCCUUUUAUCUUGUUUACCUUUGGUUUGUUUAAUGCCUCAGCCAACUAGAACAGGCACAGUUUGACUAUUGUACUAUGAUCAUUCAGUUUUUCACCUCUGUUGUAUCCGUUAUAGAAUGGAAUAUUAUGCAAAUUUCCAAUUUAACACUGUCUUCACUUUGCUUGAUUUUUAUCAACUUGAACCUGCUACCAAUGUUUUUGUGCUUAUGUGGCAUUCCAGUGAGUCAGGAUGGAGCAGGUGGUGGGAUUGUCCUUCUGGUUCUGGAAUACUUGGUUGGUCAGCUUUAAACCCCAAGUGGCGAGCAUGGCUUCAGCAGAUUCCAUGUGUCCAGAAGAGUGCAGUUUUUGGAACAGUUGAGAUACUGCGCAUAGCCCUCAGACUUUGGGGUCUUUGGGUGGUAUUUUGUGUAUUCGUCAUUCUCGGGUCCACUAGCAGAGGGGCUAGCAAAUCAAUUUGUAUCUGUGUUUUUUUUUGUUUGUUUUUUGCACAGUAUUCUCUUUACAAUCCAUAUUAUGGUUUAAAGCAGUGCUUUCAAAACUAGUAUUGCAUCCCCAAUGGUUGAGAAUUUUGAGUCCAUUUAAAUUUCCCCACCAGUCAUCCAAGUGCUGUGGUUUUUAUUUUUUAUUUAUUUUUAUUUGAAAGGUUAUUUAUGCCUGUAUUCAUUUUUAGUACUAAACAUUACAUUGUGACCUUUUCAGUUAAAGACCAAGUGAUCCAUAAGAAGAAUGGCUUAAUUAUAAGUGGCAAAACUUUGUGUUUUUCUCAGGGGGUUAUCAAAGCGUUAUAUGUUUUUUUAAAGUAGAGCAAAUAUUUAAAGGUGGAGGAGCAUAGUUGUGCCCUGGUUCAUCCUAAUGCAGGAGUCUAUUGUGCUCAUUGUUCCCCAUUUAGUUUAAAAUACAUUAUCUAGUUGAAGAUAAAGGGUACUACUUAUCUUUGUUAAUGAUGUAUAUAACUACAUCAACAGAAUCAUUUUAUAUUUUUUGUGUAUUUUCAGUUAUUAAAAAUAAAAUUAAAAAAAUUAUAUAUUGGUUAUGCUGAGUUUGUUUGAAUACAAAUGAGCCUUUUGAUAGAAAUAAAUCUUGACUUGAUUCUAAUUUAUCAAAAAGCUACUUAAAGUCGAAUACAUCUGGAAAAGCUGUGCAAUAACUGUACUGAAUCUUGGAAUUCUUUAGGUUAGAACAUCCCUCACCAAUAUUACAUUUUUAUUUCUAGGACAGUACCGAAGUUUAUCCGUAAAAUUAGAGCUCCAGACUACAAGGAUAAAUAUGUAUUUGGCGUCCCAUUCCUGCUGAACGUUCAGAAAACAGGCCAUCCACUUCCCAAAAGCAUUCUCCAGGCCAUGGAGUAUUUACGGAUACACUUUCUGGAUCAGGUAUGUUUAUUGCUUUGUAAUUUUUAAAGAAUUGCAGGAUUGAGCCAAAGCCACAUUUAUUUAUUUUAUAUAUUCUCUGUAAAGAACGAUUACAUUUGAAGUCAACAAGGUGACAUGUAGGCCUUUUCACAGUAUUGUACCUUUUGUAUCCCUGUUCAUCUCCUGAUGUGUUGCACUGAUGCUUUGUUUCCCUGAUCUCCUCCGACUCAUUGCCCUUGAUGCUCUUCAAGUUUCGGCAUACUUGGAACUAUAUUUUGUUAUAUUACAGAACCCUUUUGUUUUUUAAAGUGGGUGUGGGGUGGAUUUCAAGCCAGCAUUCCGGAGUGUUGUUUUAUGCAUCCAUAAAGUUCUGUUGGUUUUUUUUCCUUCCUGAUUGGAUUUCAACAGGAAGUGAUGAAUCACAUGUUUGGGCAGCAUUUCAAUGAGCAAAGCUGCAGAGAACCCAUUGAGAUGGUCAGAGAAGACGAGAAUAAUUUGAUUCUCUUUUCCUUGUACUGAAUUUUACUGCCAUUUUAACACUGAUCUCUAAACUGAGUUUCUAAAUGUAUAAAAAUAGUAAACCAGUGAAAAUAUUACUUAGAUAUAAAAAAAGUAAAAUAUGCAAAAUAAUGUGCUAACUUCAACUUUUUUGAAUAGGUUGGCCUUUUUAGAAAAUCUGGUGUGAAAUCAAGGAUACAGUCCCUGCGUGAGAUGAACGAGUUGGAUUCCAACUUUGUGAAUUACGAUGGACAGUCUGCGUUUGACGUGGCAGACAUGGUGAAGCAGUAUUUCCGGGAUUUGCCUGAACCCAUUUUCACAAGCAAGAUGUGUGAAUCUUUCCUGCACAUCUAUCAAUGUAAGCAAUAUUAGGGACUUCUCCUUCGCUCUUCUUAAGGAAUUAAUCAUUUAAUCACCUUUUUCUUUAAUUCCUGUGAUCAGUUAAGCAAAUCAUGAUUUUGUUCACUGUCCUAAUUCUCAUUGGUGCAUCUCCCUCUCCUUUAUCAUUUCUGUGUCUGUUUGUCCUUGCUUAUCCCUCCCUAAAUUGGGGGAUAUGAAAUUGGGACAGCAGGUGGACAAGCCUGUGGGAGCAUUCAAGUGAUGCUACUUGUAUCACUGGUGAUGCUAAAAUGUGGAUGCCCCAUCUCCACAGGGAUCUGAAGAAUAGCUGUGAGUGUGUCCAUACAGCUACCAUACCUGUGAAUGAACUCCUUUACAUCAUUCAUCAAAAAUUCAUGAAUGAAACCACAAAUGAGAACAGUGUUAAAGUGUACAUCUGCUGAAGGAAUUUUAUAGAAUAUAAAAUUUACUCUCCAUGUGUUUUUCAAUUUUCAUUGUUCAUUAUUUGCCUGCACAGAAACAUUGGUCAGACAUAACCACAGUGAGGCAUUUCUGUUCGAUCUUCUUUUUUAUUGAUUUAUUUUUUUCCAUUUUAAGUUUAUUUAAUGUAUGGGUUUUCAGCCAAUUGGGUAUUUUCCCAUUAAUGUAUGCUACAAAGGGAGGCAUGAUUAAAAGUCAGAAUACUGGUUUAUUUUAUUUGAACUAAUUUAGAAACGCAUACAAUCUGUAUUAUCUCUUUGUUUCUCUUGUAGAUUUACCAAAGGAUCAGCAUUUUUGUGCUGUUCAGGCUGCCAUUCUACUUCUUCCAGACGAAAGUCGGGAAGCCCUUCGGAUCCUCUUGUGUUUCCUCCGAGAUGUGGUUGCCUGUGUGUCUGAAAAUCAAAUGACGCCCACCAACAUUGCUGUGUGUUUGGCCCCCAGUCUGUUUCAUCUGAACACACUUCGGAGAGAGAGUUCUUCAUCUUCUUCCAGGUGUGUGUUUAAUUGAUCUAUGUGUACAGAUCUCUGUAGGAACUGUAAGAGAAAUACCACAGUUUCCAUAUGUUCACUAGUAGAAUCAGACUUAAAGGGGUAACCUGGACAAUAGUGAUGUCCCGAACGGUUCGCAGCGGACUCAUCAUUGAGUAAACUUUGACCCUGUACCUCACAGUCAGCAGACACAUUCCAGCCAAUCAGCAGCAGACCCUCCCUCCCAGACCCUCCCACCUCCUGGACAGCUCACUAAGAAUGCAGCUUCACAAAAUGGAUGCUGUCCAGGAGGUGGGAGGGUCUGGGAGGGAGGGUCUGCUGCUGAUUGGCUGGAAUGUGUCUGCUGACUGUGAGGUACAGGGUCAAAGUUUACUCAAUGAUGAGAACACAGCGAACCGUUCGCGGCGAACCGUUUGCGACAUCACUACUGGACAACACAACAACUACAGCUUGUUGCUGUUAUUGUGUUAUUGGAAGACUAGAGCUAAAGUCCCUCCAAUAUUUGGGAAACUAUUUUCAAGUAGUUUGACAGAAACUGGGGGAUUCCUAGCACCAAGUGGAGGGAUAAGAUUUAGUUCCACUGAAUUUAAACAACCAUUUUGCUGUUAACCUUCACAGCUUAUGUGAAUAACAUACAGGCUCCCCGUGUCGGUUUGGUGACUCCAAAAAGGCUUUAUCAUAAUUCUGGCAUGGACAAAGUCUCCUGUACGUUCUUAUUUCAUGGUGUGAAUAGUUACCAUUCUGUAAGUGUAGUGUGAAUCUGUUCAUCCUUGGACCACAAUAGUAAGUUGAGAGGUCAGGUCUUAGAUGUCCUUGAGAGCAGGCAGUUGUCAAAUGAUUUGACAGAAAACCUUGCAUUGGCACCCUUACUCAUGGCACCAUAACCAGUAAACUGGGCAGGAGUGAUUGUGGUGUCUGAAAUCUGAAACAAUAAGGUCUGUUGGACAUUUUAUCUUUCUAAACCAUUAUCCCUUGUUUGUUUUUAAUUAAUAAGGAAAGUGGGUGAAAAAAGUUAACACAUUAGACACAGAAAUAAGAAACAAACAAAUCUCAAACUUGUAACUCAAGCCUUGAAACGAGUAGCAUGGUGGUGCCACUCUAGAUAAUCUUAAACAAAAGUGAAAGCAUGCAUACCAUGAUGUAUUACAUCACAGUACUGUUGAAGAACGAAUAUGCUUUUCAUCAUUUACGGACGUUUAAUUAGCUCCGUUCCUUCUGAUCUAUGCAGGAUGAGUGCAUUAAUAGAUUUUCAAGCAGUUUAUUGUCCAGCUUAGAUUUUCCCACCUAGCUUGCAGUUGUAAUUUAGGAGGGGUUUGUCCUUCGUUUGUCCUUCAGCUUGGAGUCAUUGAUAGAUGCUGCCUUAAUCAAGCUGAGAAUUCAAAGUGUCACAUUUGUGCAAAAUAGUUUUGUGAAUGAUCUAUAUAAGAUUUCUUUCUAAUCAAGACUUUUGUUGAAACAAAUCUUCAGAUCUCCUUACACUGCUCUGCAUAUUAGUAUGUACUAUAUGCGAUAACUAGUUUGAUAGGAAGUCAUUAAAUAGGAUUAAGUCCAUAUUCUCAUUCAAGUAAUCAAGCACUCUUUUUACAUGAAACUAUGAGUGCUUUAUUGUUUUGUUUGUUUUUCUCCUACAGGCUUCUUAAAUCUACUCUUUAUUGCUUUUACUAAAAAGACUACUUUGAACUGCUUUGGCAGACCUAUAGUUGUUAAUGUUUUACUUUGGGAUUUAAACUUCAAAGAACAAUAAUCUGUAAGGUCUUGGCUGGAAGGAUUAAAGCCUUAUCAACCGCUGCUUUGUACAAAGUUGUCCAGUAGAGCUGUUUUUAGAUAACACAGGAAAUGUGCUGUAAUCAUGUCCUAUAGGACAUUUUUUUGUUUUAGGUUUCAAAAGAAACCAUUCUUUCAGAAUAAUCAAAACGAGAAAUGACAAAACGCAUGCAUUCAGAUUUUGUUUUUUAUAUGAUUCUGUCGGAUAAGAGGUAUAGAAAAUGUCAAUUAAAGAUUUGUUCACACAGUCUGGAAACGCCACUAAAUUAGAAGAAUUGUUCUCCCUAUGGGCUUUAUCCCUUAAACUACUCUUGAUUAUAAAUGGGUUGUACAUUCACAACAGUCUUUGCUCUGAUGUCCAUGGUGUAUUAGAGAAGAUUGGUACUUUUAUCAUUUGAAUCAAUGAGAACUAGUCAAUUAAGGGCUUCUCUGGACAUCAGCCAAUGAACCUGUAUACGUUUACAAACCCCAAACAAAAUGUGUUUAGUUGAGGGAAAUCAAAGAACUUAUCAAUAACUGGGAGAAAUAAAUCUCUUUUCAAGCAUCCCAGUUAAAUGGUAUACCAACAAUCUUUUGGAACAUUCUUAAACAGAACUCCAUUUUACCUAGCCGCACAUAAAGUAGAAACAUUGCGUUAAAAUCUUAAAGAUAUUAUAUUUCAUGUAUAUUAUACGAACAUCAUAUUAUCUCAUAUGUUAUACUGCAUCAGUCCAAAGAACUCUGAAUAUUUUUAUUUUUUUUUCUCUGUAGAUUAACAUCCUCAUAAAGAUUAUUAAAAAAGCUAAACUACCCCUCUCUUUAGAAUUUGGCAAAAGGGGAGUCUGCAGCUGCAUCCUAGAGCAAUUUUUAAAGCAGGGCCUUAAAAUUUCCACACUCCAUAGGAGAGUGGAAAUUCGCUCCUGGUGAGUGUACCAUGGGCUCUCCAGGCCGGUUACAUUUAAGGCCUAGUUCAUAGAGUAGAACUUAAAAUUUGAAGUACUGUUAAAAGGACCUAUCUGAAUUUCCUGACCACGAAAAUCAUAGAAGAUUGUGCCGGAAAAGCACAAAUAAGCAUCUACCCCUGCUCUUAGUGAAAUAGGAACAGAUGUGGGUUAGGUAUAAAGCUAUUUAAGGAAUUUAGAGGUUUACAUAUUUAAAGACCUGCUGUGCAGCUGGUUAAUGAGGGGAGCAUGUAAUGCUGGUAUUUACAAGUGAUGCUGGAUUCUAAAAUAUUCCUUUAAUAUGUCUUGCAUUGAUGGCAAUCUAAAAACUUUUACGUUUUCACCUGUUCCUGUCUAGGUCAAGCCAGAGGAAAUACAGUCUUGGAAAACCAGACCAAAAAGACUUAAGUGAGAAUUUGGCAGCAACUCAGGGUUUGGCUCACAUGAUUGCAGAGUGCAACAAGCUAUUUCAGGUAAUCAAGGUGUUACGCAGUCCACUCCAUGUCAAUGUAACAGAGGAUGUAAAAUGUAUUUCUCAUUCAUCGCACACAGUAAAAAUAUUUAUUAACCAAGUAAAUAUAAAUUGUUGGUUACUAUCAUUAAAGUGUAGAUUUCUUCCAAAAGCAUUUCAUUUUGCGAGCUUAAGGUUGCAUUUACUGCCUGUACGUGCAAACUUUGCACUUGAUUGGGCAACAAAACAAACUAUUUCCUCUUUGAGAGCUUGAAUAUGGAAAGUUUGUACGUUAAUUGUCAUCACACACUGCAGAAGUACGAACUAUGCAUACAUUGCUUCUUCUAAAGAAAUUCAAUAAGAAGCAUCAGUUUGGUAGAGAUCAGUGAUCGCCAUGCAAAUGCCCUGUGUUCCCAAUACUUCUCGGAAAAGCAUUUUUUCCUUUCCUCUUACUUUAAGUUUUCCUUUAAAAAACAAAACAAAAAACAUGGUUUCUGCUUAUCUUUAAUACAAUUGUGUACUGGUAAUCAGUUGUGUGUGUGUGUGUGUGUGUGUGUGUAUAUAAUUACUUUUUUGUACUUUUCACUUUUCCCUAAUGUUUUGCCAUUUUUACCAAUACAUUAUUAUUAAAUACUUGCUUAUAUCAUAGUCGUUUUUUGUUUUAGUAAUGAAGCAAAGCUGUGUACUUUGUAAACUGAAAAAGAAAUACAUUUUCAGAGUUGUGGUACAUAAACCUGAUUAGAUCACUAUUCCAAACAUGUCAACGUAUUCUCCCAGACAGCCUGAAAAAACAAAUACAUAUGUGAAAAUCCAAUUGAUCCUAUAUCCAGAUACAGAAAAAAAGUUAAGGAUUUGUUGGCGCUUGUUUAAUUGCAAGCUUCUUGGAAUAAAAAGUGAGGGAUUCAGAUAUCUUGGGGAGAACAGACAAAGGAUGCAUCUUCUGAUAUUCUUGGGAUUCUUAGAGGGUAAAUACCCCACACCCAAUCUAUAUAUUGAAAGAAAAAAGCCAAGUGGUACAUUGUAUGUGCUAUUUUAAAGAGUAGUAGAAUUAUUGUGUAUGCUUACAUAGCAACAAACUGAUUCACUCUUAGUUCGAACACAUAUUAGUUAUAGGCAAAGAGUGCAAAUUGCUUAUUUCCGUUCAGUGUUUAUUUUUAGUUAUCUCUGUCAGAGACGCGUUUCAAACUUUAAUCCAAAAGAGAGAAUCUCCAGUAGAACUAAUUUGGAAUGUUUUUUGGUGUAUUUUAUUUUGAAUAAUUUUGCGGUUUUCCAACCGGAAUUUUGAAAGGAAAUUUCAAUGUGCCACAACUUCGUGUUUGUAUAAAUCAAUGUUUCUGUUCUCCUUUGUAAUCAUGUAAACGUCACAAGCUUUGUUUCCUUGCAAUGUUCUAAUUUUUUAAAUUGUCGUUUACUUAAUUAUUAAGAAGCAAUAUGAUAUAGUAGAUUUGCUUUGUGUUCUGACUGCAGCAUUUUAAUAUUUUUUGUUUUCAUUGUCCUUUAGCUCCCUGAAUAUUGUCGUGACCUGUGUCCAAAGUUUUCUCAACCCCAAAGCAGCAUUUCUCAUGUUGCUAUAAACACAUCAACCACCUCAUUAGCAGCUCAUUGCAACACACUCAUCUCCUUGGAGAAUUCCAUGCAGAAACUUCUUCGAGAUGCCAAGGAUAAAUUCCGAAGUUGGGUAGCGUGUUCUGGCUUUGAACAUGUGGACCUAGCUUAUAAAAAGGUUGGUAUUGCAUGUUAAAUGGAAUCCAGUGUACUUUUGUUUUGUAUCUGGUCUAGAGAUUAUUUUUCCUAUUGCCUUAGUCUGAGUUACGUUUUUAAACGUCCAAUACUCUUGAGAUUUAAAAGAAUGAUGGACAAUACCAGAAUGUAUUAAAAUGUAUCUUCUAUACCAGGUCAAGGUGCAUUUUGGCUACAGGUGAAUGGUUGGCUUUUAACAUACCGUAGACCAUAUCAAGACCACUUUAUAAUAUGGUGAUUAAAACAAAGGGAAUAUGUUGAUUUUGAGUUUUGCAUCUAUUGUACUCAGGGCUGCAAGUAAUGAUUCUGUCUAUUUUGUUAUAGGUAGAAAAUAAUGAAUAUCCUCUCAGGCUGUGGAAAGUCUCCACUGAAAUAGAAGGGACACCCCAGAUGGUGUUACAGCACAUUUUGAGAGAGCAACACACAUGGGAUCCAAAUCUUCAACAGUCCAAGAUUAUAGAAACACUAGAUGAAGAUACCGAAAUUUAUCACUAUUCAACAGAAAGCAUGUCCCCAUUGCCAUCCCGAGAAUAUGUGAUUUUAAGGUAAUCCAUGGUCUGACAUUGUAUGUGCAUUCCUCGUUCACCAAUUUAUGAAGGGCUAUUUUACACUAUUUUCUAAACUUUAUUCAUAAAUACUUUUCAUAUAUUGGCCAUCACCACUUACAGAGUUACCCCAACCAAAUAGUGUGUAAUAAUACAAUGUUUUUGGAUGGAAUAACCUUUGCGGCAUGUCCCUCCCCUUAAAAUGCAAAACAUAAAAAGGCCAAGAUUUCCCUCAUGAUGAUAGACGGCAAUUAUGUAUAGAACGGACAUUGGUCAUGCUGUAAUUCCCGUUCUGCUGGAGGUACAAAGAGUGCUUUAACACUUUACGUGCAGUGUUUUUCAGUCAAACACUACACGCACAGACUCCCUGCACCAUUCAAAUCAUUGAGGUGGUCAUGGUGCUUGGUUAAGCCCCUUUAACAAAAGUUGGUGGUUACAUGAAAAUGCUGCUAGCUAUAUAUAUAUAUAUACCUAACACAUGAAUAAGUGAUAUUUAGAUUUUUAAUCUUCUAUUCUAUAGAACAUGGAGGACUGACCCUCAAAGUGGUACCUGCAUCUUAGCUGCUACAUCAAUUGACUGUGAAGAUGUUCCACCCAGUGGAAUACUAGGACAUGUUGUCUUGUGCCAGCAUCUCAUAGAGAACAUUGGAACUCAGAAGAGCAAAUUGACUCAUGUCUGCAGAGUGGACACAAGGUAAGAGCUUCAUUAAUGUCUGUAUUUACACGGAAGGGAACACUUCGCAAAAAUAAGGUUUUAUUCUAACCUCAAUUAAUGUAGCAAUAAAUGUAAAAAAACAAAACAAAAAAAAACUUACAUGUUUAGUGGAAAUACCAAAGAUUUGCUGCUUCUGCACGAAGCUCCUCCUAGACUUGGACGUAUCUUAAACCUGUUUGCCAAUCCUAGCCAUCAUAUUGUUUUAAUUUGGUAAUUGAGCAUUUCCCCAUAAACUUCUCUGCAAUGAGGGUUUAUGUUUAUCCAUAUCUUCAGAUUGGCUGUAAAAUGUAAACUGCACACCCAGUGAAAGAGUGAUUCCCAAUACAGACGGGUUGUAGUUUAUUAAUGCCACUCUAGAAUUUUUUUUUUCCAUUUAGCUUAUCCGAUUGUUCCUCAUUCUUGUAAAAACAAUCCAGUUAUGAAGAGCCAAAGAGGUUCUUUCUACACACAAGAAACAUCCAUUAUGGCCUAUCCUAGUGAGUUGGCUACAGCUCAUGCUGCCUGUGCCAUGGCUAUGUAGACUGAAUAACUAUCAUUAAAUUGGUAAUCUGUACAAUGAGCACUAACAUUCUGCUACCCAAAAUGUUAGUAACAGAUCUGUUGGUAAAUGUUAUGUCAUAUGUUCUCCAGGGUGUCAUGUGUUUUAUUGAACUGUAUCGAUGUCUUGUGUGGUUUUUGUUGUGGUUUUGUUUGAAACUAUUUUACGAUGUUAUAACAAUGUCUAAAGUAAGUUUUUUUUUUUUGCAGAGGGCAUUCAACCGAAUGGUACAACAGAGUAUUUGGCCAUCUGUGUGCAGCAGAGAUAAUGAGAAUAAAAGACUCCUUUAACAAAAAGAGAUCUGGUAAACCAUAA